AAUGUGUUAAAUGCAAAAAUGGAGACUUGGUUCAUAAUAAUCAUCACAUUCUCAAUUGCUGCUCUUGUUAAAGCACUUCUCGACAUUCGUUUCUUUAAAUCCGAAAACCCGAGCCUACCGCCAAGUCCUGUCAACUUCCCGAUCAUCCGCAACAUUUUAUUUCUCCGGAAAUCCUUCUCGGAGCUCGAGCCGAUCAUCCGCUCAUUUCAGAAAAACCUCGGCCCGAUAAUCACUCUCCAUAUCGGUUUUCAUCCCAACAUUUUCAUUUCUGAUCACUCUCUCACUCAUCAAGCCUUAGUCCAGAAUGGCGCCGUUUUUGCUGACAGACCGCGAGCUCUUGUUGUUCGUAACAUUGGCUUGUCAGGUUAUGGUCCUACUUGGCGACUUUUUCGCAGGAAUAUCACAUCAGAAAUCCUCCAUCCUUCGCGGGUGAAAUCCUACUCUCCUGCUCGAAGAUGGGUUCUUGAAAUCCUCGUCAAACGCUUUGAAUCGCAGUCGGAAUGCGGCGAUCCUGUUAUCGUUGCAGGUAAUUUUCAAUACGCAAUGUUUUCUUUACUAGUGCUUAUGUGUUUCGGAGACAAGCUUGAGCAGAAACAGAUUGAGGAAAUAGAGAGAAUAGAGAAAACGUUGUUUGCGAAUUUUGACAGAUUGGAUCAGCUCAAUUUAUGGCCGAGCGUGACCAAGAUUCUGUUUCGGAAACGCUGGUCGGAGUUCUUAAAUCUCGAAAAGGAACGAGAAGAUGUUUUAAUUCCAUUGAUAAGAGCAAGAAAGAAUUUGAAAAAAAUCGGACAAAACAAUGAUUAUGUCUUAUCUUAUGUUGAUACUUUAUUAGAUCUAAUAAUUCCUGAUGAGAACAGAAACCUUACAGAACCUGAAAUUGUUACUUUAUGCAAUGAAUUUCUUAAUGCUGGUACGGAUACUACAUCGUCGUCUUUGCAGUGGAUCAUGGCUAAUUUGAUUAAAUAUCCGAAAAUUCAAGAAAAGUUAUAUAUGGAGAUUAAAAGGGUUACUUCUGAUGGAGAAGAUUAUGUAAAAGAAGAUGAUUUGCAUAAGAUUCCAUAUUUAAAAGCAGUAAUUUUAGAAGGGUUAAGGAGGCACCCACCAGCACAUUUUGUAAUACCACAUGCUGUAACUGAAGAUGUAGUCUUGGAUAAUUAUUUGAUACCCAAAAGUGCCAAUAUAAAUUUCAUGGUUGCGGAUAUGGGGUUGGAUCCAAACGUAUGGGAGGAUCCGACGGAGUUUAAGCCUGAGAGAUUCUUCGGGGGCGAAGUGUUUGAUAUAACAGGGAGUAGGGAGAUUAAAAUGAUGCCGUUUGGGGUCGGAAGGAGGAUUUGUCCGGCUUACGGAUUGGCAAUGCUUCAUUUGGAGUAUUUUGUGGCUAAUUUGAUUUGGAUGUUUGAGUGGAAAUGUGUGGAUGGAGAUGAGAUUGAUUUGUCUGAAAAGAAUGAUUUUACAGUAGUGAUGAAAAAUCCAUUACAGGCUCAUAUAUCUCCAAGGUUGCACACAGCAUUUUGAACCUUAAAAUUUGUAUGAGAUUCCAAUUUAAAUAUUCUGACCUUUCAAAUCACUCUCUGGUCUUAUAUUUCAGAAACAGAAACGCUUCUGAAAUUCUAAAAUUAUUGUAUUGCCGCUUUAUUUUGGUGUUUCAUGUUUCAGCUUUCUGUUUAAUUUCUCGUAUAUGCAUUUGAAUAACCUUUCUCAA